GAACAAAGGCCGAUUACCUAAGCACUGUCCAUGCUGGAUUUAGACACUGUUUCCACGGCACGCCCAGGCACUAACAGCACCGUCGGAUCCUGUCAGCUCUAGCGGUGCUCGGCUUCGUUGGACGCCCCGGGCCCCGGGCUCGAGCUGAUAUUAUUCUGAACAACACAUCCCUUGCACGGGACUGCUCAACACCAUCACUCCCGAUUCUUUGCCACAUAAUCGAUCCAUUGUCGAAAUCUUCUCGAGUCGUAGCAAUCACACCUCGGUUUUCUGGCACGAUUAGCAUGGAAAACGGGGAGCUGCGCGAGCCGCAACAUCAGGGCCGUAUGUAGCCAGCAACCGAGACAUCAACGCCCCAAGACAUCCCCAGAUCCGACCUUCAGUUUACUUCAUCAUGCCCCCGCGCAGGUCGCACAAGAAGUCGCGGGCUGGCUGCCGUCGUUGCAAGGCGAGGAAGAUCAAGUGCGAUGAAGUCCACCCGCGAUGCGGCAACUGCGUAAAGCACGGCGUCGCUUGCGACUUUGAGCACCCCGAAGUCCUUGCCGACCUCCAAGCCGCCGCCGCAGCAGCAGCUCAAACCCCCUCCACCCCCGCGACGACCGUCAACUUCGGCUCCCCCAUCGUCCCCUCCGCCGGCCAUCUCUCCCUCGCCUCCGCUCCGCUCGCCCGACCCCUCCCCCCACCUCCCAUGUCCACCACCACCGCCCCGGGACAUCGACUCCUCGAACUCAAACUCAUGCACCACUACACAGUCAUGACCUGCAAAACAUUCACCUUCACCGCACCCGUAACAGAAGACAUUUGGAAAAUCACCGUCCCCAACCUCGCCUUCUCCGGCUCCCAACACCUAGCAGACUCCAUCCUCGCCGUCGCCGCCCUCCACCUCCGAAGCAUCAACCCCAACGACAAAGAAAUCGUCCGUGCCUCCCACGCCUACAUGGCCGCCUCGCUGGAAGAAUACUCGGCCACCCUCAACCAAGGAAUCAACCACACCAACGCCGAAGCCCUGUUUCUAACCGCAGCCCUCAUAGCCUUCCAGUCCACCGCCACCCGCGUCUUCAUGAAAGACGAAGGCCUGAGCAUAAACUCCUCCUCCACCUCCUCCCUCUCCUCCGACCCAUCAAAACGCCACCAGCAACCAGGCUGCUACGCCAUCCCCUUCACCUGGUUCCACUCCUUCCAAGGCGUCAAAGCCAUCACGGCCGCCUCCUGGCAGUAUUUACGAGUGUCACCGGUGGUAACCCAGGUAAUCAACUCCCAAGCCGCCCUCCAACUCGACUUCCGCACCGGCCCAGAGACGUUUUUUGGCCAUUUGUUGGAAGGGCUAGAAGAGGAGCUGAGUAACCCCCCCUCUUGCUUUGACGCUCGGGUGCCGUUGACGUCGAGACCGUUGCCACCACCAAACAGCCCGGACCAUAUUUCUGCCACGAGACAAGCCUACCAGCAUGCGGUGGCGGUGCUGAACUGGGCGCACAAAAUCCCGCACAAGGGCGCGCCGUUGGCGUUCCCGGCUACGGUGUCCAAAAGAUUCAUUGAGCUACUUGAGGAACGGCGGCCUCGGGCACUGGCGAUUUUGGCGUGUUUUUUUGCCUUGUUGAAGUCGCUUGAUGGGGUUUGGUGGUUGCAGGGGAUGGCGAGACGGGAAGUCCUGGGGGUUGUGUCGUUGUUUAACAGUGAUUUUUUCGGGCCGGACGCGUAUAGGAAGUGGUGGCCUCAUUUGGAGUGGGCGAUGAGGAUCGCGCUUUUCGAGCCGGAGAGGGAUGGGAAUGGGCAACAGGGGGGGAUGCCGAUACCGCCAGAGGUUUGGGGGAGUGAUUGGUUUGCCGAGGAGAGGGCGCUGGAGGAGCAGGGGAGGGAGCAGGGGGAUUACUUUGGGCAUAUUGAACUGUUGAGUCAGAUGAGCAGUGCGGUGAAUAGCAUUCCGACUGUGCCGGAGUAUGCUGCUAUGAUGGCUGGGGCUAGAGGGCAGGGGGGGAGGUGACAAUCAUGGUUAUAGGGGGAGGGGGGUAGUGGGGGAAAAGAAUAUUUGCCGUGAUGGUGGUUUGGGCUUACUGGAGGAAGGAUAUCGACCUGAUGGGUUUGAACCUGGGAGCUACUGGGAGGAAGGAUAUUGGGAUAUCAGUCGUAUAAGUUUCAGCUGGUCAGAAUUUUUGCCGUCGAGUGGAAAAGAGUCCGAUACGGAGACAGAAGAAAGGGAUCGACAUAGUCACACUAAAGUUGGGCUCAUCCCCCAAAGUUGAUGUUUGGCGGGAAAGUUUUGGAAGUAUGGAAUACUUCCUGGAGGAGGUACUAUGUUGCAGAAAGAGGAGGAGGAUGAAGCCCAACAACGGGCCACUGCCUGGUCAAACAAACAGGCAACAGGUAUUUGGAAACACAGAACAUGGAUUUGCAAUGUAAUUUUCCGCAUGUAGAACAAAAGGUAGACAGCAACUUUCUUCGAAGGUGGCUGUCGUCUAUGAAUGAACC